AUGAACCCUUUUGCUCCUCGAGAUUGCCAGGAGUGGGUAGAUCGACGCCAAAGCUCCCAUUCUGCCUCCACCGUGUCGUCCGCGUCAACGAGUAUCCUCUUCCCGAGUCCUGCGACAUCCCCAGGGUCCAGCUCGAGGAAGCAAUCCUGGCAGUUCUACGAUGAAGUCGUGCGACUCGAGCUGACCCCUUCUGUGCAAAUUUCGUUUGUCAAAAACGGCCAACUAUUCAAGCUGAAAUACAAAUUCAUUGAUAUUUGCAAGGACUCAACGGGCGCAUUGAGGUGUCUUGAACUCGGAGGAGGAUUGGGCCAGCAAACACCUUUUAUCCAUGGCUUCUCCAAUACAAAACUGCCAGUCCCCCACCUAGAGCAUCCAAAAUCAGGCGACGAUUACCCUCUUCGCGUGUCCUUUAUGGACCAGCAAACGGUCCAAACGGGAAGCACGGUAUUCAUGACGCAGCUAUCAUAUAAAUUUGAUCAUUGGGAUGAUUGCGUACGGUUUCAAGAACUGCUGCUCUGCUCCAAGUUGAUCUUUAUCGGUGGGAUGGCCGAGGCCAAGUCUAAAGGCCGGGGUGAAGAGUGCAUCAGCCAAAAUCUUCGCAUCCUCCGCGGGCAUAACGGGAAGCGUGUAAUGCUAUUCUUCGCUAACUCGCAACGGAGGGAGCUCAAACGAUACGUUUCCAUACCCCGUGAGUUUCGGUUCCAUCCGGUCACAGCGACCUUGCUAACAGCCCGACUAGUGAACUGUAUCGGCUCAAUUAAACCCCCGAAAAAGGCCGGGCGGCCAGCCCUACUGGAUCUGAAUCCGAACUUCGAGAUUCUGUGUCAAAUGCGGAAUCUUACGAUUCAGUUUCUUGACGAUGAUGACUGCGCAGCAUUUUGUCAGAUGUUGUCAUACGACCUGACGAUUGGAUGA